AUGACUGAAGCCAAACAAGAUUUAAUUGAAUUAUCAACAAAUCCUUUAGAUGUAUGGAUAAAUACACAUUAUGAUGAAUUGUGUGCAGGUAUGACGUGUGAAAAUGCUCUAUUCUGCAAACCAUCAGACAUGAAAGACAAAAACUUUCAAAUGAGUAUUAAGGAUAAAUGUGAUAGGAAACAUAGAAGAAUAGACGGUAAACAAACAUGGUAUUAUGUUUUGAAAGAAGAAAUGAAAGGAUUAUAUAAACAGGUUGAACCAAACGAUAAUGAGGAAUCAUUUACUGAUGAUGAAAUACCUGUAAAUGAGCCGCUAAGCGGCGAGACCUGA